UUGAAAGCAGUGCCGUUUGGCAACGGAUCCCAAUUCUCUAACUUUAAGCGGCAAAGUUACGUGAUUUAAAUCUUUCAGAGAAAUUCUAUCUCUUUGCUCUUCUCCUCUCGCUUGUCAAUCUCGUCGCUAAAUCACCGAAAACAAACCCACCGUAAAAUGGAACAACGGCAACAACAAGAUCUUCCCUCUAUCACACUUCAAAUCCUCGCUGGUCCUCGCAAAGGCGAAACGCUCCAAUUCCAAUCCGAAUCCAUAAUCAAAAUUGGUCGGGUCAUCCGCGGCAACACUCUCCCCAUUAAAGAACCAGGUAUAUCCACAAAACACCUCUCUAUUCAAUUCGAAUCCGGUAAUUGGAUACUCACAGAUCUAGAUUCCUCAAACGGCACCGUUUUAGAUAACAACCGCAUUCCUCCCAACACACCUUUUCACCUACAUGAUGGUUCCACCAUUAAGAUCGGUGAGGUUACCUCCAUCGUCGUUAACUUUGUUAAACCCCAAAAUAACCCUACUUGUACUGAAGUUGAAGAUAAACCAAUGAGGGGUAGAAGAGGUAAUAAUAAUAAUAAGGGUGUUAAAGUUAGGGUUCCUGUUCACAGUAUUGAUGAAAACGCAAUUUUAAGUGAUGUUGAUGAUGAUUCUGAGUAUGUGGAUCGACCUGAGAUAACGCGGGUUACACGAAAUAAGAGGAGUAAAUGGAGUGGGGUUGUUGUUUCUGAUUCUGCUGAUGGGAAUUUGGAUGUUGUUGAAGAGAAGGUGGAAGAGCUGAAGAAUGUGAGGGUGACGCGGAAUUCGAAGAAUAAGAAGAAUGCGAUUGGGAAUUUCAAAGCUCCCGAAGAGAAGGUGGAGGAAUUGAAGAAUGUGAGGGUGACAAGGAAUUUGAAGAAUAAGCUGAACAAAAUGGGGAUUUCUGAAUCAGGUAUUAGGGAUUCGGAUGCUGUGAAUGAGAAGGCGGAGGAGAAUGCGGAGGGGCCGAGGAACGGGAGGGUGACAAGGAAUACAAAGAAUAAAAGGGUUGUAAUUGAGGAAAAUUCAAGCUUGGUUGAUGGGUUGGAGAAUGUUGUAAAAAAGAAAAUGAAGGGUGGUGCCAAGGGAAAGAAGAAAUUACAGGAAGAGUGUGUUGGUGAUGGAGAUGGUAAAGUGAAUUGUGAUGAUGGGAGAGAAAAGGAGAAUUUGAAUGGGGAUGAUAAUUGGCCUGAUUUGAAUAAGAUGACUUUAGGCGAGUGGUUUGAUUUCAUGGAAGUUUAUUUGCCUAAAAAGAUAAAUGAUGAAACUGAAGCCAUUAUUGAUUCUAUGAGACAGAAAGCCGAGAGACUCCACGAGUACGUCAUAAUGUAUCAGAAUCAAAAAGCUUGAACUCCCUUAGAAUAACUUACUGAUUGUUAUUUGAAGCAUUAGCAUAACUGUUAAUAUAUUGUACCUCGAUUAUUGCUUUUAAUGAAGUAACUCAAAUUUACAGAAACUAUUGUGUUUUACCUUAGAUCCUUCAAUGUUGUUUCUUCUUUUCAGUAACAAAGUUAAUUCCUCGUCUGUUUUACAAGUUCCAUUUACUUUUUAGUUUGUAAUUAUUACUAGUAUACAAUAACGUAAA